CGGGAUGCAGUGAAGACUUUAGACGUUCCUCUUUUUCAGUUCAUAUUCAGAUGAACCGUGGAUCUGAGUGACUGCAGGAGGCAAAAAUGGCAACAAGAGAUGAAGAUUAUGAAGACAAUUACGAAGAUGAUGGUGAUGUAGAUGAUGAGGUGGAGGAAGAUAAGGAUGGGGAAGAUGAUGAUGGUGAUGUAAAUGAUGAGGUGGAGGAAGAUAAGGAUGAGGAAGAUGAUGGUGGUGAUGUGAUUAAUGAGGUGGAGGAAGAUAAGGAUGAGGAAGAUGAUGGUGGUGAUGUGAUUAAUGAGGUGGAGGAAGAUAAGGAUGAGGAAGAUGAUGGUGGUGAUGUAAUUAAUGAGAUGGAGGAAGAUGAAGAUGAGGAAGAUGGUGGUGGUGAUGUAAUUAAUGAGGUGGAGGAAGAUGAAGAUGAGGAAGAUGGUGGUGGUGAUGUAAUUAAUGAGGUGGAGGAAGAUGAAGAUGAGGAAGAUGGUGGUGGUGAUGUAAUUAAUGAGGUGGAGGAAGAUGAUGGUGGGGAUGUAAUUAAUGAGGUGGAGGAAGAUGAUGAUGAGGAAGAUGGUGGUGGUGAUGUAAUUAAUGAGGUGGAGGAAGAUAAGGAUGAGGAAGAUGAUGGUGGUGAUGUAAUUAAUGAGGUAGAGGAAGAUAAGGAUGAGGAAGAUGAUGGUGGUGAUGUAAUUAAUGAGAUGGAGGAAGAUGAAGAUGAGGAAGAUGGUGGUGGUGAUGUAAUUAAUGAGGUGGAGGAAGAUGAAGAUGAGGAAGAUGGUGGUGGUGAUGUAAUUAAUGAGGUGGAGGAAGAUGAUGGUGGGGAUGUAAUUAAUGAGGUGGAGGAAGAUGAUGAUGAGGAAGAUGGUGGUGGUGAUGUAAUUAAUGAGGUGGAGGAAGAUAAGGAUGAGGAAGAUGAUGGUGGUGAUGUAAUUAAUGAGGUAGAGGAAGAUAAGGAUGAAGAUGAUGGUGGUGAUGUAAUUAAUGAGGUAGAGGAAGAUAAGGAUGAAGAUGAUGGUGGUGAUGUAAUUAAUGAGGUAGAGGAAGAUAAGGAUGAAGAUGAUGGUGGUGAUGUAAUUAAUGAGGUGGAGGGAGAUAAGGAUGAGGAAGAUGAUGGUGGUGAUGUACUUAAUGAGGUGGAGGAAGAUAAAGAUGAGGAUGUGGAAGAAGAUGAUGAGGAAGGUAAAGAUAAUGAGAAGGUAGAAGAAGAUGAGGAAGAUAAUGAGGAGGAGGAAGAGGAAGAAGAUAAAGUGGAGGUAGAAGAAGAUGUGGAAGAAGAAGAUGAUGGAGAGGUAGAAGAAGAUGAGGAAGAUGAGGAGGAGGAGGAGGAGGAUGAAGAAGAUGAAGAUGAUGACGACGACGAUGAUGAUGAUGAUGAUGAUGAUGAAGAUGAUGAUGAUGAAGAAGAUGAAGAUGGUGACAAGAUCUCCGAUAUCAUCGCAAUGGGCUUAAUGGAUCUCGCUGUCUCCAAACUGCCAGAUGAGCUGGUUAAUAAGAAAAUGCGCAAGAAGAUCCGGAAAAAGAUGAAGUCGGGAGUCGAAAAAGCUGUUCUUAUCGCUGAUACAGUGGCUAUGAUGUAUAAAAUCCAGAAGAAAACCAAAAAAAAAAAUCAAGAAGACAAAAAAAAAAAUCCAGAAGAAGCUAACAAAGUUAAAAGACACUACAGCUGGAACAAAGGCCACGACUCCUACAACCGAGACGAAACAAACGAUGAUGAAAGACACUACAGCUGGAACAAAGGCCACGACUCCUACAACCGAGACGAAACAAACGAUGAUGAAAGACACUACAGCUGGAACAAAGGCCACGACUCCUACAACCGAGACGAAACAAACGAUGAUGAAAGACACUACAGCUGGAACAAAGGCCACGACUCCUACAACCGAGACGAAACAAACGAUGAUGAAAGACACUACAGCUGGUACAAAUGUCAAGACGCCUAUAACCGAGAAGAAACAAGUCAUGGAAAAAGCCGCUGGAGCUGGUACAAAUGUCAAGACGCCUAUAACCGAGAAGAAACAAGCGAUGGAAAAAGCUGCUGGAGCUGGUACAAAUGUCAAGACGCCUAUAACCGACAAGAAACAAGCGAUGGAAAAAGCUGCUGGAGCUGGUAAAACUGCCAAGACGCCAAUAACCGAGAAGAAACAAGCGAUGGAAAAAGCCGCUGGAGGUGGUACAAAUGUCAAGACGCCUAUAACCGAGAAGAAACAAGCUAUGGAAAAAGCUGCUGGAGCUGGUAAAACUGGCAAGACGCCAAUAACCGAGAAGAAACAAGCGAUGGAAAAAGCCGCUGGAGCUGGUACAAAUGUCAAGACGCCUAUAACCGAGAAGAAACAAGCGAUAAUAAAAGACACUAAAGCUGGUACAAAUGUCAAGACGCCUAUAACC